UGGCGUUCCGACCCGGGAUUCGCUCUUUCUCCCUCGUAUUGGUCAUUUUAGGUAUGUUGGCUUUCUGCACUCUGCCUGCAAAGGGUAAUAGACAGUUCAUCUUUGCUCCGAUGCCAAACAACCACGGUUCAAGUCUAAACAUUGGUGUUGUUAUCCAGGCUUUGGAAGAAAAUGAAACUAAUAUCAAUGUACUUUUCCCUAUAAAGUUAUUUGAAGACCAAAUAACAUUGCCAUCUGGAUCUGGUCCGUACAACUAUCCUCUACCAAACUCUCUGAUCAAACAAACAGCAACCGAUGUCCUUAACACUACAGUUGUUUUAACAUCUGAUCAAAAUAUAAAAGUUAUUUCAUAUAACAUCGGAACAGCUACGUCGGAUGCGUUUUCUGUUGUACCCACGAAGUACUUGGGUAAGGAAUAUUUCUUAGCACUGUUUUCAAUGAUGACAGGCGAGAACAAUUUUCGGGGUACUGUCACAAUAUCUGCCUUAGAUAAGAAAGCAAGGAUUGAAAUCUACCUGAACUCUAGUGUACAGUUUCAGAAUGCCAUGUAUUACAAAGGUGACAUUUUGCGAUACACUCUUCGUCCGUUCGAAUCUCUGCAGCUUCGUCCGAAAUAUACAAACAUAACAGGCUCUCGUGUCGUCGCAAACACAUCCGUUACAAUUACAGUUGGUACUGAUUGUGCCAAUGUUCCCGAGGACAUCAAAUUUUGUGACCAUCUAGCAGAACAAUUAGCACCAGUAGAAGCAUGGGGAGUACUUUAUGUAUUAAGCCCAUUCCCAAUGAGACGUUCUGGAUAUCUAUUUCAGAUAGUAGCUGGUCGGGAUAGAACAAUGGUACGCUUCCACAACGGAACUGCUGUGGAAAUGAACAUGGGUGAUUAUAUAACCGUUGAUAUUUCAUCACAGAUCAUGACCUUCAUUACUGCAGACAAGCCAAUUUCUGUCAUUCAGUAUGUCAAAGGGAAAACCUCAGAUGGCAUGACUUAUUCUGACCCUUCAAUGAUUCGAGUCAUUCCGAUCGAACAAUAUGUAAAAAGCACAGUCUUUCCUGUACAAGAAGCUAACAGAUUGUCAACGUUGACGAACAUUGAUACCAUCUAUCUUGAAAUCACCUCCGAGUGUAAAUACUUGAAGAACAUUUCGGUUUUCCAAAACUAUCGACCAUUGUCAAUAGAGUGGAUAGAGGAAUAUUCUCUUAAGAUACUUAACGGAACGGAAAUAUGUUCUAUAUGGUCGGUUGUUACCCAUGGUACAUAUUCCGUAGAAAGUGAUCGUGUCAUCACGGACGAUGGACAGACAAUCUACCCAAGGUUUCGUGCAGUCGUAUACGCCACAGGUCUUGAUGAAUCGUACUUAUACCGAGCAGGAUCAAACGAUAGAACAUUGAACUCUGAAUCAGAUAGUGCUACGAAUACAGGUCACCUUCUAGUUUUGAUCAAACCUAAUAUCGUCACCAUAGAGGCCACUGAACUCGUCGUAUCCUGGGUGAUAACAGAGGAUGGGGUUGGUCUAUUUGAUAGAUGUACUGCACUUAUUACAGGAGACACCAGAGCCCGAUCUGUCUACAUUAACACUGAGCCACCAGUAAGCCUAUCGGGACUUCAUCCAAGAACCACGUACUCCAUCAGGAUCAACUGCUCCAACAACUUUGGAAUCCAUGACUGGAUUGACUUUUCACCCGAGACUACACUCAACGCUGUUCCUGAUAGACCUUCUGCACCAUUUGAUUCCGUUGGUGGAAUUGGUCACUACAGCUUUCAAGUCAGCGUGCCGUCAUACACAACAUCGACUGGACAGAUCAGCUGCUAUGAAUUCAUUGUUGUUCAACUGUUUAAUUCUUCGGGAAAUAUUGAUUCCGGUGACGAUUCUUACAAUGAUGUCAGUGAUUACAAGAUCACCAAUAACCAGAUAGGAACUCCCUUCAGAGUGAUAGUGCUCAAAUCCCUCCCGAUCGAUAACGUCAUCACGAUCGGAUCGGUGAUUGAGAGACAAUCAGAAUGCAACAUGGCGGAUGGACAACGUGAAGCUGAUGAAAGAACAAAACGAGAUGCACGUAUUGUGAAUAGUACUAUUCUCAGAGCUACCAAUGGUCCUCUUAAUCCAGGUGGAUAUUACACCUCCUUUCUUCGAGUUUACUCACCAACCGGUGAAGAUGGGAAAUUUUACUACGUCAAUGGACCAGCUAUGAAACCCAUUCAGCUUAAGCAUCUUAAAGAAGAUCCGCACAGUGGAAUGAAUUUUACCGCUUUAGUCACAUCAGUCUCUUGCAUCCUACUUAUCAUCAUGAUAAUAAUCAUCAUUGGAAUCAUUAUCUACAGACGUAAAAGAUCUAACGGAGCAGCAGAAAGGAGGGCACAAGGCCCUACCAGUGUUUAAGAUCUGGUGAAACCAAUGUGGCCCCUAAGUCAUCAUCUAACAAACACCAGAUCAAGCAGAGUAAACAAACUGCUGACGAUUUUACCCGAUACAACCAACUUUCUGGACAGCAUCCAGCAGAAGAUAUUUUCGAAAACCCUGAGGUCCUAUGCUGUAAAAUCAGCAUACCUAUGUACAUAGCAAGGAGUAGAAAAAAGAAUAAAAAGCAUACAAUCAUAGUUUCAUAUCUUCGUCUGCUAUACAUAGAAAUAACAGACAGUGGCGGAUAAAUUUUUGAUACAUCUCUUUUCUUUCUUUUUUUUCUUAUUUUCUUUCUUUCUGUCUUCUGUAUUCCUUUCAUUCUUUCUUUACCUCCUUUCUUUUUAAAAUAUUCUUCAUCUUUUUUUUAUGUCUUUCUUUCCUUUAUUCAUACUUUAUUUCUUUCUCUAUUUCAUUCUGUGACUUUCCAUCUUUUUUAUCCUUUUUUCAAUCUAUCUCUGUUCUGUGUACAUUUUUUUCAGCAUCAAACCCUUUGUAACACAUUGCAUGUCUAGCGCCUGCAUGCAUCCAAGCACACCCACUUCAACACUCGCACACGUUCAUUUCAGGCACUUGUUUUAAUAAAAUCACCUCCCAUCUUUCUAUCAAUACAUUUCUCAUUUACUAGAACUAAGUUUAAAACCUAUGUAGAUAAUUACAUGAAUUUUAACAUUACAGAUUAAAACAAUUAAUCAGAUGAUGAAACAAAUGACAAAUAGACCUUUAGUCGAAUAUAGAAUCGUGUGUGGAUAUAGUCAUAAGGAUCCAUUUUACACAAAAAAAUUAGAAAAUAUGAUAAAAACAAAAAUGGAAUUUUGUGUACAACCAUGACAGUCUGGUUUAGCUGAAAUUAAUUUCAUUUUAAAAGAGAAAGGAAAAUCAGAAAACAAAACCCUCAAAAUUCCAUUAAAAUCGAACAAAGAAUAACAAAAUAGCAUUUUUUUUGCAUUAUUUCGAUGAAACAGCCCCAUUUAUGUAUUCAUAAAUAAGCUGAUGAUAUCAUAUCCCCACUUAUUAUUUUUCAAAUUGAUAACAUGAAAUUUUAUAUUUUCAAAAUUUGUCCCUGGAUAAUGAAAAAAACCCAAUUGAUUAGUGAUUUAAUGUUUUAAUGUUUCAACCACAAACUUAGGAUAUUUCGUACCCGAAUAAAUUUG